AUGAUUGAACAAGUUGCAACAUCUUCAACAUGCAAAAAAUUAUCUGAUAAAUUAAAACGAAAUAAUUAUCAACGACGUUCAAUUUGGAUUCAAGCAAAACGUAUCUUUCGAAAACGAUUAUUAUCAGGAAUAAUCAGAAAUAAAUCUUGCAAUAUGGAAUUAGCAUUAAAUGUUAAAUCCAUUGAUGAUAGUGAAAAAACAAAUUUAGAAAUUGAUAAAAGUUCAGACUCUGUGCAUCGAUUAUUAGCUCCGGUGCUAUUGCAAGUUUUUCCUUAUCUUGAUAUUUAUGAUCGUAUACGUCUUCGACGAGUAUGUCGUUUAACGGAAGAAAUAUUUCAUCAAAGUUUGAUAAGUUUACCACCAAUCAAAUUACAAAGCGUAUCGCUGGAUAAUAUCGAAAUUUGGACUGAUCAUUCUGAUCUUAUCAUACAGCUCUUAGUACCGGAAUAUUGUUUCACACCGGAAAUGGUUACGAAUGAUGUAAUAAUUAUUAAAGAUUGGCAAGCUGAAUUACUUAUACAACGAAUUGCAAAACGUGUAGACUAUAUCGAGCAUCUUUGGUUAGAAACACCAAUUAAUGGUGAAUUAUGUGAUGCACUUUUGAAAGAAAUUUCACGAACAGAUUUGAUCGAGAAUUCACGAUGGCGACAAUUAAAAAUGGAUAAGAUGACAAUUGUUGGUAGUGAUAAUGAUGAUUGUGAAGUGAUAUCAAAAAUUGUAAAUCAUUUUUCAACAUCACUUCGUGAAUUAUGCUUUCGUCAUAUUUGCAUGGAUUUUGGUUUGUAUUGUGAGGAAUUUUGGGAUGCUAUUAGGAAGUGUCAACAAUUGCGACAAUUUCAAUAUCAAACAUGUCAUUUGGAUAGCUUUUCUCAUAUGCAUCUUCUGGAAGCUUUAAGUGGAAAGAAUUUAAUAACACUUGAACUUGGCGGUAUUGAAUAUCUUUCUUCAUCCAUUCUUUCAAAAGUAUUAAUUAAUACACCAAUUCGAAAUUUAGCAAUUGUUUGUCCUUCUAUAAAUUUUCACUCUUAUUUACAAAAUGGUAUUGAUAAGGUAUUGAGAAGACUUGAAACACUUCUGAUACAGUGUACAGGAUCAUUUGAUCUGGACAGUUUGAUCGAACGUGAAUGCGUCAUUGACGUAUUAAAAGAAAUGCCAUACGAUGGCGCAUUACGAAUUAUUCAUAUUGUCACGCACGGGAAUAACGUCACGCACGCAGCCAAAAUUAUGAGUUAUUGGCUUGAAAUAGCCUGUGAGACAAUGAGAAGUGUAAAAUUGAAGCUAUCGGGAAUUUCACAAAAUCGAAUUGAUCAAGCUGUGGGACGAUUGUUGAGAAAAUGCAAUAAUGUUUUUAAAGUAGCAUUCAAAGGAUCAUCAUUGAUGUUGACAAGAGGCAAUGGUAGUGUGUGCAUUCUCGACAAAUAUAUGUGGUUUGGUGAAGAUGAUGAUUAA